AUGGCACCUCCCCACCUCACCAACAACCGACAAGGCACUGGCCGUCAAGACGCCGCCAGGGGCGAUGCCCGCCAAGGUGUUGUGAAGUCGGGUCAUAACCCCACGAGAGGCGCCAGCGCCAGGGCACGGAGCGACGGACGAAUGUCCAGCAUCUUGCAAGGUAUUCGAGGCAUGGUCUUCGGAGGCCUUUCUGGCGCCGCUCAUGCUCCACGGGCAGCUCCUCGGGCGCGCCUCUUAUCGGCUCAGCCUGGGUUCGGGCCUAUCCCUCCUCCUCCGCCUCCGGGAUACGCCCGAGGAGUGUCCACCGCUCCUCCAGCCUAUACCGCGGCCGCGCCGCAUGCCCCGCCUCAUCUCCCAACGCUGCGAGAGACGGCAGACACGAACGCCCAGCUUCUGCAGCGACAGCGAUAUCCCAGCUGGAAGCCGAUCCCUCCCCCGAUGAGGCUCCCUCCGCCGCCACAGUUUCGGCCACUGGCUCCUCUCACUAUCGCGCCGCUGCCUACCCUGCUGCAUCCUCUGGUACCCCUAGAGAAUUUCAACACGGCUGCCCACCUUUUACAACAGCCGCGAUAUCCCAGCGGGCGGCCGAUCGCUGCUCCGGUGAAUCUCCCUCUACCGCCACAGCUUCCGACGCCAGCUCCUCCUUGGCCCAACCGUGUCCUCAAGCCCGGCCAGCUUGUUACAAGACAGCUCUGUGCGGAUUACUUUCGAAACUUCUGGUGGCGUGGCGACGGCCGACCGUACGAUAGCGCCUCGCGGCAACAUAUCUGGUCCCGAAUCAACAUCCCCGCGGUCUCCGGUUACAGACACAGCGAACGGGCCGUGGGCCUAUACCGGGAGCAUAAGCUGGCGGGAAGGAGGGGCGCCGCGCGCCUUUUGAUGAAGCUCAGUCCCGGGGUCUCGCCCUUCAAAAAGGCCGGACAGGCCGAGCAGGUGGCGGCCCUGCUGGACGACAAGGCCCGGGUGCUGCACAAGGCAGGCAUGAAGUUCAGGCGGCUGCUGGGCUACGGUGGCUACGGGCUGGUUGCCCUGUUUAGGGCCGAGAACGUGGCCGGCAGGAUCCAGGACGUGGUGGCCAAGUUCAACCUGCGCGCGAACAAUAACACGUCCUUUCCAAAGGAGAAGGCCGCCCUGCGUGAUCUCUCCCGAGCCGAGCAUAUUGUGCAAUUAUUCUCCCCCCACGAGUUUUUUGGCCCCUUGCUCACAGCAAAAGCCCCGGGGUCUGCAAUGGGGGCUCCCUUCGAUGCCGACGCUGCCGAGGCCGAUCAGGAUAUUCUUCUUCUCGAGUAUAGCAGGCUCGGCGACAUGGGCAAAUUCAUCGUCCAGCUAACGGAUGAUCUGCCCCCGAAGCUUCUAUGGUAUCUGUGGAAGUGCCUGCUUAUGGGUGUCAUCGAGAUCGAAUAUCCCCCUCUAAAACAGCCCGCUCACGAGCAUCUUCGAGAAAUGCCUGGCGUACAGCCCGAUUACGACCACCGCCAGCCUGGGGAUAGGCCAUCCACUCUUGUUCACUUUGACUUGGACCCUCUCAAUGUCCUGGUGAGCGACGGUGACGAGUUCAACCACAACCUUACACCAAAACUCCAGAUCGCAGACUUUGGCCUGGCAUCACGAUGGCCCUCGAACAGGGCCCGGCGGGAUACGGAAGCCGCUUGGAACUAUCGCAAACGUGGAAAGCCACGAUUCUAUGCCCCGGAGCAGUUCGCGCCCGAAUGGGACUCGGUCUUCCUCAAUCCUGCCAGCGAAGUCCCAGAGGGGUCCAAGCACGUGGCCGGUAAUUACGGGUGGAAGACAAACCUAUACCAGGCUGCCCAUAUCAUGUGGAUGUUAAUCACAGGAGUCGAGCCACACUUCCCACCUACUUUGGACUGGGAUCCGGCCCCGGGAGCUGAACCGCCCGUGCCGCCGACGUACGGCGGGUACCUCUUUAGCGAAGGGUUCAAGUACGUCGACGCCCACAUGCGUCUGACCGUCGCCCGCUGCAUGGCCCACGCCCCCGACGACCGGCCCGACAUGGCGUGGCUCGUCAAGGACCUCGAGGAGAACGUGGGCCGGGUGAAUGCCAUGAGCACUCCCCAGAGCGACGAGCAGCUGAAGGCGGGGUGUAUACUUCUCUUCGCCGAGCCUCCCAGUCGGAGGGAGAGAGAGCCGGUUUUCAACCCGAACAAGCCGUUUGACCCCAGGAAUCCACAGUUGAAUCCCCUCGAUGAUGUUCGAAGGUGAC